CACGCACAUUGAUCAACAGUGAAAGUGUGGUGAGGGUGGAGCGAGUCAAAUGUCCAGAGGGAUGUGUUGAUGUAUAGCUAGAAGAGUGAAGAAGAGAGGAGUGAAAUCUUCAUGUCAGAGACAUGGACAAACUCAUUCAUCUGAUCUUACUCUCUGGUCUUGUUUCCAGUCAGGAAAAUUUAGACCUAUUAGAAGAGAAUUUAGCAUUAAUGGGAACGGCUACACAGAGCCCCAUAUAUUCUCCGUACACCGCUGAAAGAUCUAGUGAUGGUUUUUAUGGACCCUGCUCCAUUACAGCACAUGAAAUGAGCCCAUGGUGGAGGCUGGAUCUCCUAAAUUCUUACAAUAUUAGUACCGUGGUCAUUACUAACAAUAGACACUGCUGUCCUGAACAAACCAACGGAGCAGAGAUUCGCAUCGGAAACUCGCUGGAAAACAAUGGAAGCAGUAACGCCAUAUGUGCUGUGAUUUCUGGUCUUUCAAAGGGUUCUUCUGUCAAUUACUCGUGUAAUGGAACGGAGGGACGUUAUGUAAAUGUGGUCAUGACUGGACGAACGUCUCAUCUCACUCUGUGUGAGGUGGAGGUCUAUACAACAGAGAAUAUAGCAUUAAAAGGGAAAGCUACACAAUCAUCUGUAUUUAACAAUUGGGUACCUGAAAAUGCCAUAGACGGUAGAAGAAGUGCCAGUGAUACUUCCACAACCUGCUCUGGCACAGCCAGUGAAACUGACUCAUGGUGGAGGUUGGAUCUCUUGAAUAUUUACAACAUUAGAACUGUAGUCGUCACAAUGAGACAACACUGCUGUACUUGGCACAUCAACGGAGCAGAGAUUCGUAUCGGAAACUCACUGGAAAACAAUGGAAACAACAAUUCCAUAUGUGCUGUGAUUUCUAAGGUUCCAGCAGGUGUUCCUGUCAUUUAUUCAUGUCAUGGGAUGGAGGGUCGUUAUGUGAAUGUGGUCUUGCCUGCAUUGCAGAAUCUGACUGUGUGUGAGGUGGAGGUCUAUGAAACAGAGAAUUUAGCAUCUAAAGGAACGGCUACACAGUCAUCCUCAUAUACCCCCUGGGUAGCCAAAAGCGCUGCAGAUGGUCAAAAAUUUGAUUCAGUCUGCUCCAUUACAGCAUAUGAAAGCAACUCAUGGUGGAGGAUGGAUCUUCUGGAUUAUUAUUAUGUUGGAACAGUGAUCAUCAGUAACAGAGGAGACUGCUGUCCUGAUCAAACCAACGGAGCAGAGAUUCGUAUUGGAAACUCACUGGAAAACGACGGAAACAACAAUCCCAUAUGUGCUUUGAUUUCUGAUCUUGCAGUACGUUCUACUGUCAGUUAUUCAUGUCAUGGGAUGGAGGGACGUUAUGUGAAUGUGGUCAUGACCGGACGUACAUCUCAUCUCACUCUGUGUGAAGUGGAGGUCUAUAAAAAAGUCUUUCAUAAGAGAAAAACCUUUCUGAGGCUGAAGUUCUCCUCCAGUGUUGAUGCAGCUGCUGAGAGAGACAAAAUCCUCCAUCAGCUGCAGUCUGCUCUGGCAUCACACAUCUCUGAUUUUAAUCUGUCCUGGACACAACUACCCAAGAAAGAAGAGGAACAGAAGGAGGACGGAGGUACUUGUGUUUAACUUCAUUAAUCUGAAUCUACAAACUGACUCUUUAAUGCAAGUGCAUUUUAUUUAUUUCUUUAAUUCACUGAUUUGCCUGGUCCUUCUCUACUAUUGACGUCAUGGUGUUCACAUCACUGCUGAACUUGAAUCUCAUUAUAGUCCUCAUAACUAUAUUUCUGUUGUUAGUUGUGUAGUUGUGUGUCAAAGCCUGAUAAAGUGUGUUGCACAACAGUAGUGUGUCAUGGGCUCAAAAUAUAUCAUGUUAAGUUCAUUUCACAGCAAUUAAUUUUACACAUGUAAGAUCCUUUUAAAAAAACUCUGAUUAGAGAUUUCUAUUUCCCCAGUUAUAUUUGCACUUGUUUGUUUUCUAUAUAGCUGAUAUCUGUAUUUUGUUUUUAAAAGCUUUUAAAUCAAUACUGUAAAACAGUCAUGCUAAUAAAGCUGUG